AUGGCUUCUGCUGAUCAGCCUAAUUCUCAGGAAACAAACAACAACAAUGUCAUUAUUAUUACACGCAUGGAUUCCAAGCUGUUCAAAGCUGCAAUCAAUGGAGAAAUUCAAGUGUUCAAGAAUCAACUCCAACAUGAACAAUUAUUGACCCCAGAAAAGAACACAGUUGUCCAUGUCAAUAUCAUUGCUACAAAAACAAGUACUCAUAAUAAUACAACAACUUUCUUGGAAGGAAUACUUGAGAUGUGUCCACAACUGUUAUUACAAACCAAUGCAAGAGGAGAGUCUCCCUUACACUUGGCAGCAAGGUACGGCCAUGAUCUUAUUGUUGAGUUUCUUAUUCAUCGUGCUAAACUACUCGAACCGUCUGAUCUUGAGAAGGCCAUCCUUGGUGGGGUGGAUAGUAGUGAGGUUGUCCAACACAUGAUGAGACUGAGGAACAAGGAAUUGGACACUGCUUUGCAUGAGGCUGUGAGGUUCAACCAUCUUAAGGUUGUAAGGAUUUUGACAAGAGAAGACCCUCAUUUCACAUAUUUGGCUAAUGAAGCUGAUGAAACACCACUUUACAUGGCUGUGGGGGCAGAGUACUUGGAUUUGGUUGAUGAAAUACUCAACAAUUGCUCCUCACCAUCUAUUACUGGCCCUAAUGGAAGAAAUGUACUCCAUGCUGCAACUUUAACUCAAAAUCCAGGCCUAACAAGAAAGAUUUUGGAAAAGUUAUUAGAUUUGACAAAACAAGCAGAUAAGGAUGGUUUAAUUCCUCUGCAUCAUGCUGUGAUGUCCACUUCCAGUAACACUUUGGAGAUUGUGAAGAUGUUGUUAGAAAAAGAUGAAAGCAGUGCCUAUUUUAAAGAUAAAAAUGGCAGCACAGCUCUUCACAUUGCAGCUUCUAACACUUUCAAAGGUUAUAAAUUAGUGAAGGAAAUUCUUUCCAAGUGUCCAGAUAGCUAUGAAGUUGUUGAUGAUAAAGGCCGAAAUUUGCUACACCAUGUUGCAAGGACACAAAAUCUUUCCUCAUUCAAACUCAUAUCAGAUCAUUUUCCACUUAUAAGUAAUUACCUUUUAAAUAGAAAGGAUAAUGAAGGAAAUACCCCAUUGCCUCAUAUGCAUGCGACUUCAACAUGGUAUCCACAAAAAGUGGAUACCAUGGCCUAUGAUCUUGAUUACAAUGAAUACAAUAGUAGAGAACAAAUAUUGAGCAAUGCCAAGAAGAGAAAGAUUGAGCGAAAAGAAAAAAUAAGGGCUAGAAUCGCGAAUUUUAGAGAGUCUACUCUAGUUGCGGCUGCAUUGAUUGCAACAGUAACAUUCACAGCAGGAUUUACAUUACCGGGAGGUUACAUAAGCGACGAUAAGGUUGGACAUGGAAAACAACAACAACAAGGUAGCGCGGUUCUUAGAAAUAACACAGCGUUUCAAGUGUUCAUCAUAACAGACACAAUAGCUAUGGUUCUCUCCACUACAUCUGUCUUUGUCAAUCUUUUCUUGACUAUAGCAUCUUUUGGUGAAGAUGCAAAGGAGGAGUUUGUAUCUAACUAUAUCAUGUCUAUGAAUUUAGCAAUAUUUGCCUUGGGAUUCAUGGUGAUAGCAUUUGUGACUGGUACCUAUGCAGUGUUGUCACUUUCCAAUGCUCUUGCCAUCACCAUUUGUGUGAUUGGAUUGUCUUUCUUUGUUCUCCUUUUUUUCAUUACCAAAUCAAAAUUUAAAAGGGUCGAUUUCACCAACUUUGGAAAGCUUAAACCCGUGAUUAUUGUGGGUUAAGACACAUGCAGCUAAGUUAUGACUUUUUAUUUUGUGGGGUAUCUUUUAUUUCAGUGUUAUUUUGUGUUUGAGGAUAAUGUUAUUAAGAAAAGAUGUUUUUUGUUUUUUUUAAGUAGGUGAGAUUUGUAACUUGUUUGUAUCAAGUUUCCUUUCAUAUAUGAAGUGAUGGUGUCUUACUUUAUCAAAACUUAGCAUAGGAACUUGAAAGUUUAUGGUUAGCAAUAUUAUUGAGUGAUUUAAAAUUUUUAUUUUGCGUAAAUAUUAUUUUGGACCUUGUGUUUUGUAAAAGUUAUUAAUUGGACCCUCUGUUUUGUUAAAUGAUAAAAUGGAUCCUGUAUUUUCUAAAAUGGUACAAAUAAGACCCUGCAUUGAUUUUUUGUCAAAAUAAAAUUUAAUUAUAAUCCGAUCUAAAAGUGUUAUGACAAAAUUGUUUACAUUUCUUGUAUCUGUUCAUAUUUGGAAUUGUUUUUAAGUUGAUUAUAUUAAAAAAAAAGUUGUCCAAAAUUAAGCUCAAAG